AUGGCUGCUAUGAGAUUCAUUCCAUUAGUGAUGAUAUUUACAUUUGCUCUGGCAACUUCCAAAAGGGCAGUAGCCAGUGAUCCUGAUAUCAUUUCUGACUUUAUAGUCCCACCGAAUUUCAACGGCACGAUUGAUGGAUCGUUUUUCACUUUCACUGGAUUUCGUGGAAUUUUCGAUCAAGCUCCCGAAACUUUUAAGGGAUCGAAAGCAAGCCUGGCUGAGUUCCCUGCCCUUACUGGCCAGAGUGUGUCAUACGCAGUGCUUCAGUUUCCUCCAAACACACUAUUCCCACCUCACACCCGCCCAGACGCAACUGGACUUUUGUUCCUUGUUGAUGGUACCUUGGAAGUAGGCCUAAUCGACACGAAAAACAAUCUAUACACUCAAAAGCUUCAAACUGGAGAUCUGUUUAUUUUUCCCAAGGAAUUAGUUCAUUAUCAGUAUAAUUCAGACCCUCAAAGGCCAGCCACAGCCAUUGCAGCAUUCGGAAGUGCAAGUGCUAGAGCAGUUACAGUGCCGCCAGCUAUUUUCACCACUGGCAUUGAUGAUGCCAUCCUUGCCAAAUCAUUCAAGACUGAUGUUGGUACCAUAGAGAAGAUCAAGGCUGGCCUCACCAACUAG